GAGCAGGGAGACAGAGGCAGGCGAGGGAGACGUACGUACCGAGUGUGCACCCCGUCCAGGAGCGGCUCAGCCUUCAUUGCAUGCAAUGGGGGAGAGAUGAGGCUGCGCACACACAGCGUAUACAUGCAAGAGGACAGCAGGGGUGUUCACGCCUUGGAGGGGGGCUGUUAGGAUCCGCCGGUCUGCACUGAGACAUGUAUUGGUUUGGACUGCACUGAUUCCUCAUCAUGGAGAUAGAAAACAUUGUGGCCAAUACGGUGCUGCUGAAAGCCAGAGAAGGCGGUGGUGGCAAGAAGAAUGGCCGUAGCAAGAAAUGGAAGGAGAUGCUGAAACUGCCACAUAUCAGUCAAUGUGAAGAGCUCCGGCGCACGAUCGAAAGAGACUACACGAGUCUGUGCGAGAAGCAGCCGAUAGGAAGGCUCCUCUUCAGACAGUUCUGCGACACCAGGCUGGAGCUGAAGAGAUGCAGAGGGUUCUUGGAUGCCGUGGCAGAGUACGAGGUGGCUUCGGAUGAGAAGCGGAAGGAUCAUGGUUCGAAAGUGCUAUACACCUACUUCAAGAAUGGGUGUGCAUCCCGCUUGCCAGAAAUACCUCAGGAAACCGUCCAUGAAUGCAAGGAAAGGUUGGAUCAAAGCCCCUGUAAAGAGCUUUUUAAAGACUGCACUAGGAUUAUACAUGAUUAUUUGAGCGGCGCGCCGUUCGAAGAUUACCAGGAAAGCAUGUAUUUUUCCCGAUUUCUGCAGUGGAAGUGGCUUGAGAGGCAACCCGUGACGAAGAACACUUUUCGGCAUUACCGCGUUCUAGGAAAAGGUGGAUUCGGAGAGGUGUGCGCCUGCCAGGUUCGAGCCACGGGGAAAAUGUACGCCUGCAAAAAGCUGGAAAAGAAAAGAAUAAAAAAGAGAAAAGGAGAAGCGAUGGCGUUAAACGAGAAGCAGAUAUUGGAAAAAGUAAAUAGCCGGUUUGUAGUUAGUUUGGCCUACACUUAUGAAACGAAGGACGCCCUCUGCUUAGUAUUAACCAUUAUGAAUGGCGGGGAUCUUAAGUUUCACAUCUACAACAUGGGGAACCCGGGCUUCGACGAGCAGAGGGCCGUGUUUUACGCAGCCGAGCUGUGCUGUGGGCUGGAGAACCUCCAGGCGGAGAGGAUAGUUUACAGGGACUUAAAGCCGGAAAACAUUCUGCUGGAUGAUCGUGGACACAUCAGGAUUUCGGAUCUUGGGCUAGCGGUGCAGAUACCCGACGGAGAAUCCAUCCGGGGGCGAGUUGGCACAGUAGGCUACAUGGCACCGGAAGUGAUUAACAAUGAAAGCUACACGUUCAGCCCUGACUGGUGGGGGCUCGGAUGCCUCGUCUACGAGAUGAUUCAGGGCCAGUCUCCCUUCAGGAAGCGGAAGGAGAAGGUGAAGCGGGAUGAAGUGGACCGGCGGGUGAAAGAGGAUGAGGAAGAGUAUUCGGAGAAAUUCUCCGAGGAUGCCAAAUCUAUCUGCAGGAUGUUACUCACAAAAGACCCUAAACAGAGACUGGGCUGCCAAGGAGAUGGAGCAAAUGGCGUAAAACAGCAUCCGAUAUUCAGGAACAUCAAUUUUAAACGCUUGGAAGCGAAUAUGGUGGAUCCCCCGUUUGCUCCUGAUCCGCGAGCUGUAUAUUGCAAGGACGUGCUGGAUAUUGAGCAGUUUUCUACGGUGAAAGGGGUUAACCUGGACACGACGGAUGAUGAUUUCUAUUCGAAGUUUGUAACAGGCUGUGUCUCCAUCCCCUGGCAGGAAGAGAUGAUUGAAACAGAGUGUUUUAAAGACAUCAAUGUGUAUGAGACGGACGGCUGCUUGUGCCCAGACCUGGAUGUAAGCAAACCGAACAUUAGACCAAAGAGGAGCUUCUUUCAUCGGCUGUUCCGAAGAGGGGUCUGUUUUAAAUCUUCCUACAGCGACGAUGAAGAAGAAGCCCCAUGACCAUGAACCACUGUCCUAUAGCCAAAAAAAGGAAAAAAUAAAAUCCUACAGAGUAAAACUGCAAAUAUUUUAUUGUAUCUAUGAACUGUAAAGGUGUAUUAUAAAUUAAAAAAAACAAAAUAAUUCUGUACGCGUUUACAGAUUUUGUACAUUUGUACUUGAAUUAUGUUAAGAUGUAUAUUUUCACUAAAAAGUGUAUUGUACAAAAAGGCCAUAUUAGUACCACUCCAAUGCGUGUAGUAUAAUACAUCUGUGUGCGUGUGCUACGUAUACACGCGUGUGCGUGUGUGUAUGUAUUACAGACGCAAAUCUAUUAUACCAAAAACUGUGUCUGUAAUUUUAUUGCAAGAGACUGAAGGUUUUUAUAGCUCCAGUCGGUAUUAGCGGCAUUUUAAACUUUACACCGUGUUAAAGGGAACAGAUAGGCCAAGAGCUUCUAUUCAGUUUUAUUAUUCUAUAUAAUUUUUUUAUUUUCAUUAUUAUUAUUCUGGGCACAAAUUGAUGCUUGGCCCUUUGUUUGCCAGAGGGGUGUAUUAUCAGUUUGUGCAUGACCCUUCUGGCACUCCUAGAGUUAAAUACAUAGUCCAUUCAUUUGCUUCACAUCACAUAGGAGACUCGGCCCUGGGAAGGCUUGUGUGUACUGUUUGUAUGAUUUCAGAAUAUGUUUUGUUAAUUAAAAGAAUAUUUUACAUA